UGAAGCUCCGCCUCCGACUAGAGUUGCUUGAAGCAACAGGAAGCGACAACCCUAAAAGAGUGUAGACUGGAAGAAAAAGGCCGAAAUCAUAUCGGUCGAUUGGCUUCUUGUCCUCAUCAGACCCGGUGUCAGGGCUGGAAAACCUCAGCUCAAACCCGACCUGCCACUUCUGACCCAUUUCUGCAGGAGUUAUACGUGGCAGAUCAAUUAGCAUGUCCUCCUCAUAAAGCUAAAGCCAAAGCUUACCUGCCACAGCAAAGAGCAGCCGAGUGAACAUGUAGGUGAGGAGAGAAAGUCUGUGUGGCCUGUUUGUUGCUGCACUUUUCUUUGCCUGUUUAAUUAACAAAGGAGCGCCAUGGAGGAGCACCACGUGUCGGGCCUGUUUCUCUCUGCCUCCGCCCACAAGCUGGCCUUCAAUGUCCGGCUUAAUUCUGUUUGAACCUGGUCAUGGCCCACGGCUCCAGCAUCCAGUAUGAGCCAGUGGCAGAGAUCGGAGGGGGCGCUUAUGGGACAGUUUAUAAGGCCCGGGACACGGAGAGCGGGCAGUUUGUGGCUCUGAAGAGCGUGCGUGUCCAGACAGACCAAAAUGGCCUCCCAGUCUCCACAGUCAGAGAGGUGGCUCUGUUGAGAAGGCUGGAGCAGUUUGACCACCCCAAUGUGGUCAGGCUUAUGGAUGUAUGUGCCACCCAGAGGUCGGACCAGGAGACUAAAGUCACUCUAGUGUUUGAACAUGUGGACCAAGACCUCAAGACGUACCUAGAGAGAGCUCCAGCUCCAGGAUUAUCCCCUGACCGCAUAAAAGACCUGAUGAGGCAGUUGCUGUGCGGUCUUGCAUUCCUUCACUCUAACCGUGUCAUGCACAGAGACCUGAAACCAGAGAAUAUUCUGGUAACCAGCCAGGGCCAGGUGAAGCUGGCCGACUUCGGACUGGCCAGGAUCUACAGCUGCCACAUGGCCCUCACUCCUGUGGUGGUGACACUGUGGUAUCGACCCCCUGAGGUUUUGCUACAGUCGAGUUAUGCCACACCUGUGGAUAUCUGGAGCACCGGCUGCAUCUUUGCUGAGAUGUUCAGACGCAAACCUUUGUUCUGUGGAGACUCAGAAGUGGACCAACUUGGGAAAAUUUUUCAAGUUUUUGGCUUGCCACCAGAGGAGGAGUGGCCGACUGAUGUUACACUUUCAAGAAAAAACUUCCCCCCUCUCUUCCCUCGACCAAUCACUGACUUUGUUCCAGAGAUAAAUGAGCAGGGGGCGCAACUAUUGCUGAAAAUGCUAACCUUUGACCCCUUCAAACGAAUAUCUGCCCUGAAUGCACUAGAACAUCCAUAUUUCCGGGACGAGGAGACAUUGACUCAGACAAAAAGCUGAAAUGAUGCAAUGAAACAUGCAACGAGAGGUAACCGUGUCUAAGUUUAGACCUGGCCUAACCGUAAAAGAUUUCAAUUUCAGUCAGUGCCAUGCCUUUUCGAGACGUCUGGGUUAUGCUUUGGGAUAUAUUUUGUUACUCCUGCAUCACAAAGGAUUAAAAGAAGCCUGAGAAAUGAAGAGGAACGAACCUCCAAUGUGUAAAUGUCACAAUUAAUGAUGUUAACAUGUCAUGACUUCAAGGACAGUACCAGUGUUUUUGAUGUUGGCUUUCUGUAUCAGUCUUGUCAGCAGGGACUCGUACAGAAACAUCUGUCAUCUACUCUGAAAUGUUACUCUUGUUAAUUUUGUACAGUGUUUAGACAGAAGGAAGCAGGGAUGUCAUCUUUUCUUGUUAUGGGCUCAAGAAAGUCUGACAGAAGUGACGCCUCAGAGGGUUAGAACAGCUAGUCGUUAGUGAUUUUACUGUAUUUGUGUUCAUAUUUAUCAUACAAAAGGAACAAAAACACCACAAGCCUGUGUCAGAAAUAAAUCUGUAUUAUAAUUAUUAAACAUAAUUGUAUUUAAAUCAUGAUGAGAGGAAACGAGUAGUAUAAGAAGAAGAAAAACGCACAAGAAAGACACACAUGACACAAAAAAAUACUGGUAUUGCCCUCAAAUACUUUCAUGAAGUGAAAGAAAUUGUUUUUGUUAUUGGAAGACUGAAGGGGUGGACUUCAUUCUUAUGUUUAACAUUUUUUUGUCUGUUGCCAAAACCAUCUGAAAUCAAUCAGCACUGCAACUACAAAUAAAUUAAAAAAACAGUUUUAAUCACAUUCAGGCUUCAUUUGUGUAUUAUUACAUAGAUGGCAGUCCAUAUAAAAUCAAUAAAUGUGAUUCUACGAAACUGAAAUGGACUAACAAUGUUUUGUUGAAAAUAUGAUGAACUAUAUUAAAUACAAGCAAAAAUAAAAAGACCAAGUAGCCUUACCACACCUGCUGUUUGUCCUGUAAAAUUGACCAAAUAAAUGGUUAAGCACUGUU